AUGGUAGAUCCUUUGGAUGGAUCUACAACUGUUGAUUUUGCACCUGCACCAGUUUCAGGUGAAAAGGAACAUAAACUUAGAUCUGAUGUUUGGGAACAUUUUGAUCUCAUUAAAUAUAAAGAUGGAUCAAAGAAGGGAGUGUGCAAGGCUUGUAAAGUGGGAUAUAAAUAUGAUAGCCAGAAAGGUGGAACCUCAUCUAUGAAAAGGCAUAAGUGCCGUGAGCGUCAUUCUCAGGACAUAGGGCAAAUGAUUUUAUCUGCAAAGAAUGGCCAAUUGUCUUCCCGCGUACGCAAAAUUGAUCAGAUGAAGUUUCGGGAUCUUAUUUCAGAAUUACUCAUUGCAAGAAAUGUCCCAUUGGCUUUGGUGGAGUGGAAAGAAUUUAGGGACAUAUGUGCUUAUCUAAAUGAGGAUGCUAAACUAAUAUCAAGGAAUACUUGGAAAGCCGAUAUUGUCAAAAAACAUAAUGCACAAAAAGAAGUUAUUCAAAACAUAUUGAAACUUUCUCCAGGUAGGAUAUGUCUAACAUCAGACAUGUGGACCUCUGUUACGACUACAGGGUAUAUAAGCUUAACUGUCCACUUUCUUGAUCAAAAUUGGGAAUUAAAGAAGUAUCUACUGAAUUUUUGUGAACUUCCACCACCUCAUACAGAUCUUAUUGUAAAAUAUGGACUUGUGAAGAUUGAUCCAGUUGUGCUUAAGUUAAGAAAGUCAGUGAAGUCGCUUAAAAAGUCCCAAGUAAGAAAACAAAAAUUCUUGGACAUUGUUGAUACUUUAGGAAUGUCUGCAGUAAGAAGGGGUAUUCGUCAAGAUGUUAAGACAAGAUGGAAUUCAACUUAUCUUAUGUUAGACAGUUGUCUUGUGUAUAGAAGUGUUUUCGCUCACUUGAAGGAGGUGGCUUCAGACUAUAAAGACUGCCUAACUGACGAAUAA